UCGACGCUCUCGCUGGAAUCGGUCCAGAGGAACGGAAAAUGGCGGACCUCGAAGACGUAACCCUGGACGGGAGACCGCUCCAGUCUCUUCGUGUUGCAGAUUUAAAAGCUGCUCUUGAGGAAAGGGGACUGUCUAAAAGCGGACAAAAGAAUGCUCUUGUCAAAAGACUCAAAGGGGCUCUCAUGUUGGAGAAUCUGCAGAAGACCUCCACCUCUCAUGGUGGACUGCAACCAAACUCUCAGAUUGGUGAGGAAAUGAGCCAGAAUAGCUUCAUCAAACAGUAUCUGGCUAAACAACAGGAGCUCUUGCGGCAACGUCUUGAGAGAGAGGCUCGGGAAGCCAAUGACACUAACGAGCAAGAGGAACACAAAGAUGUUAAUAACAGUGUUGCGUGUCCUCCGCAAGACCAGGAUGUGACCCAAGCCUCGGCUGAGCAGUGCAAACCACCCGGCCCCUCUGACGGAGAGACCCGGUUUGCUGCCGUAAACGAGGGAGAAGCUAAUAGCAAACAGGAAGCUCACGAUUCCACUCCUCCUGCUUCUGGGUCAAUCACGAUGCACAUUCCUGGCAAUGAGCACCAACCGGAGAAGAGUUCUGCGGCCAGUGACUUCCCAGCUGAAAGUGACGAUGAUGAUAGUGAGGCUGGCGAGGAGGAUGGUGACAAUGAUGAUGACUGGGGCAGUAACAUUCGCAGACGAACUCCGAGACAACCAGCCAGAGGGUCCUCCACUCGGGAGAGGUGUGGAGCAUCUCGUCAACCCCAGCAGCCGCAGCACAUGCCUUCCCUUUUAUCUCCUCAACUCCGCCAGCCGACCCCUCCUCCAUCGCCACCUCCAGAGUUAUCCUUCUCCUUGCCCGACACCCCGAAACAGAGCCCCCCUAGUCCAGAUGCACCCCCAGCAAGGCACUCACCCAGUACCUCCAGCUCUGGUUCUUCGAGCAGCGAUAGCCCCAGUAGCAGCCCAGAGCCGCAGAGGAGUGGACACGUGGAUCGUAAACCUGGCCCAUUAACUCUUUUGGCCCGUAAAAUGGAAUCAGAAGGCGCUUUCUCUGGGACCAGUUGGCCUGAUAAUCAUGGGGAAGGAGGUCGCAAAGAGAGCAAUUUGCCAAUGGCCACCUCAUUUUGUGGCACAGAACAUAUCGAGGGUCUCUCUUCGGCUACCGCUGCAGGCCAUGUGCCAAUUUCCAUGAUAAUGGCCGUCAACCAGGGCGUCAUCGGAACACAUUCGGCUCAUAGUCAUAUUCCUGUGAGUGUGCUUAAGACUUCCACAACGGAAGACAUGGCAGAAAAGGCCCUUGAGCUACAAAGACAAGAAAGGCUAAGAAGUCUUGAGCAAGAACGAGCUUUGGAGGACGAGCGCAAAAACGCUCUUGAGCAGGAACGAAAGGAAAUCGAGAGAUUUGAGCAUCAGCAAGCCUUAGAAAGAAAGGAAGAAGAAGCUUUGCGGUUGGAAAAGAAACUAGCAGCAGAAAGAGAGAGGCUGGAGAGGGAACAAGCUUUGGCUGAGGAGCAGGAAGAGAGAGAGCAAACCAUGGCAAGAGAGCGAGCGCUAGAGCUAGAGCGGCAAAGGGAACUUGAAAAGCAAAGGGCCUUAGAGCAAGAACGUCUCCAGCGGGAAACAGAGGCGAGGGAAAAGCGAGAGAGACAAGCGGAGUUAGAAAGAAUACAGGCUUUGGAGCGGGAACGAGAGGAAAGAGAAAAGGCUCUUGAGAAAGAAAAGUUAGAAAAAGAAAAGGCUUUGGAGGCAGAGAGAAAAGAAAAAGAACGGAUUGAGAGAGAAAGGAUAUUGGAGCAGGAACGUUUGGAAAGGAAAAAAAUAGAGCAAGAGAGGCUAGAGAAGGAAAAAACUUUAGAGAAAGAGAGAAAGGAGAGGGAGGAAGCCUUGAAAGAGCAGAAAGAACGAGAGAGAGCUCUAGAGCUUGAGCGACUAGAAAAAGAAAAGGCCUUGGAGCUUGAGCGUACAGAAAAACAGAGAGCCUUAGAGCAAGAACGUCGAGAGAAAGAAUGUCUAGCAAAAGCACGUCUAUUGCAAGAACAUCUUGAGAGAGUACAAUUAGAGCAAGCGCGCCUGGAGCAGGAGCGUCUGGAGCAGGAGCGCCUAGCACGUGUAGAGCAAGAGCGCCUCGAGAAAGAGCAUCUAGAGAGAACCCGUGUAGAGCAAGAGCGCAUAGCGCAAAAAUUGGAGAGUGAUAGAGCAAAGGAACAAGGAAGAUUAAAUCUUGAUAGGAAGGACGAGAGAGAGGCGUCAAAUGCAACUUUUGAAAACAGGAUUGAGGACAAAAUAGUCACGGAAAGACCUAGUGAACAGGACAUUCUAGAGAAGAAACCUGCCAAGGAGUUAGACAUUAAAUUCCCUCCAGCUAUAUGCGGUAGUGAGCCUGGUUUUGCCCUUUCCACUGCUCCCCUUUUCACAGGACCAGCUAAAGAAACAGAGGCAGGAGUCCAGGAAGAUGCCAAAGCUCCAAUGACACCGAGUGAAUCCCAUGCAGCAGAAUCAAGGUCAACGCUGUCAUCUCCGCAGUCAUCAUUGAAGAAAUUCCCGUUUGCAAGAGACUCCCCGAUUCAGGCCCGCUCUCCUACCGCCAUGGUCAUCAAGCGGCAUCGUACCUUCUCCGAUACACCCCCGCCAUCUCAGGUGUCACUUUCUUCCACCCCGACCGGUGUUGGAGAACGGCAAGAAAGUGAAACCUCCGCAGAACAGGAACAGGAAGUUAGUGUUAAGGCACUGGGUCAGGUGGGCAGCCAGUCUGAGGAAGAGUCUGCUUUGCACCAAAAAACAAGUUCCAAAGAAGGUUUUACGAAUCAAGUAUUAGAGGACAACGUCAAAGAGGAUUCGGUGAGGCUUAAUGAGCCUGCCAAGGAAAUGACCAAGAAAUUAAAAGAUGCGGAUCAAGUCAUGGUUCCUGCAGGCCCAGUAAAUGCUGUACAGAGAAGAGGAAAACGGUCAUCCUCUCAUGAGUCUGCUUCCUCUGAAUCGGAUUCUGGGUCCUCAUCAUCUCACUCUUCUUCCUCAUCCUCCUCGUCUCUUGAGAAAAUCUCCACUUCAAGAAAUAGAAGGGAAGGAAAACUUGACAGAAGUGCUUUACCACAGUGUAAAGUGACCGCUGUGGCUGAAGAAACGCAAAAGGCUUCCCCUCACAAAAGAGAGAGGUCUGUCGAGAAGACCAGCGCAGGAGAUGAUGAAACGAGUCAGGCCAAGAAACCAUUUAUUGAAACAACCGCCGGAGACGAGAUGAAAAGGAAAGAUGCCAAAGGACCGGAGGAAAAGGAUGAACAAAGGCAGGGAGCCGAGUCUGCUAUGCAAGAGUCAGAGAAGCUUGUGGAGUCCAGCGAGGAGGCACACAAGGCCUUCUCAGCUCGGAAGAUCUCUCUUAGCAGUAGUAAGACUUCUCCGGGCCCGGGCAGUACCGAUGGCGAUCAGGAAGGUGGAACUGGAGGUAGUCGCAAGAGGAGGUGGGGUUCCAGCACUGUGGUCACUUCCAAGAAACCUUCCAUCAGCAUCACCACAGAUUCACUCAAGUCACUGAUCCCAGACGUCCGACCGGGCGUAGGCCAAGACGCCGUUGUGGACCUGCAUCCUGAAGAAGUUGUUCUGUCUGGAGCCGAGGAAGAAGAUCAAGAGCCGUCCGAGCAGGACCUUCAGAUUCGACGCACUGUCACCCAAGAGGUGGCUUUGGACAUCCAAGAGAAUGGGCAGAAGCAGACCAAGAGGAGGAGGUGUGAGAAUGUGGCGCAAAAUGACAUUCAGGGAGACUACAGUAGGAUCGAAUCUCAUGAAGAGAAAGCCAUGGAAGACGCGCAAACACAGUCAAGAUGUCAAGAUGGAGAAAUCAACCCUGGUCAUGUGGCCGCAGGUGACACCCUCAUUCGUCGCUCCUUCAGCCAGCAAAGAACGGGCGUUUCCAUCACCAUUGACGACCCCGUCCGCACCGCCCGGCACCCGUCUCCCCCACGUGGCAAAGUUUCCAGCAUUGUUCACAUCAGUAAUCUGGUGAGGCCGUUUACUCUCGGGCAGCUGAAGGAACUGCUGGGCAGAACUGGCACCCUGGUGGAGGACGGCUUCUGGAUCGACAAAAUCAAAUCUCACUGCUACGUCACUUACUCAAGUUCAGAAGAGGCAAUCGCAACACGAGAAGCUCUUCAUGGAGUCAAGUGGCCUCAGAGCAACCCAAAAGUCCUUAACGUAGACUUCUGUCAGCAAGAUGAGCUGGACUUCCACAAAGGAUUGGGUGCAGCAGAGAAACCUGCAACGGAAGAGCAGUGGCUGACUUCCAACCGUUUCCAAGCGGCGGCCCUGCCUCCUCUCCUUCCCAAGCGAGACCAGUGGGCCGAACGCGAGCGGGAAAUGGAGCGCAGGGAAAAGGCGCGCUCAGAGCGCGAGUGGGACCGCGACAAGGUCCGGGAGUUUGGGAAACCCGGAAAUGACGGAGAGGGAGGACCCCGGAGGUCACGCUCCAGGGAGAGACGGCGCAAGGAGAGGGGAAAGAGCAAAGAGAAGAAGACGGAAAAGAAAGAGAAAGCCGCCGAAGAACCCCCCGCAAAACUUCUUGAUGAUCUUUUUCGGAAAACGAAAGCAGUCCCUUGCAUCUACUGGCUUCCACUUACCGAUGAGCAGUUUGUCGAGAGGGAAGCCGCCAGAGCCGAGCGGAUGAAGGAGCGCGAGAAUCGACUGAAACAGCUACAGCAGGAGCAGGAGGAGGAGGAGAAAAAAAGGAAAGAAGAGCGCAAGGAGAAAAGCAAAGGCGGAGGAGGGCUUGCAGCGGGAGACCGGAGCGAGGGGGCCAAAGACAAAGACCGAGAGAGAGAGCGGGACAGGGACAGAGGUAAAGAGAGGGACAGGGAGAGGGAGAGGGACACUGACAAACACAGGGAUGGCUACCGAAGGCCGGGGACGAGCGGGGAAGGGGGCGGCAGACGCUCCCGAAGCCGCAGCGACCCGCGAGACAGGCGGCGCUAAUCAGCUGAUGGAACUGUCUCGAGAAACCCGCCCUCCUCCGUUUGCCUUCCACUUUGUGUACUUCGUUCCAACUGAGACCCAGCAAAGGACCAACCCCGAUGUUGUUCGUCACCCCCUCUUUCAGAUCUCACCUCAAAGCACACAAACACAAACACACACACACACACGCACACAUACACGCGCAGACGUGCUGAAAGGGGACCAGAAAAGUGCAAGUGUUGUCAGGGUUUGAUGUAUAUUGUCUUCAUGCAUUUGCAUCACUGUUUUUGGGACUCUCCUCCAUGCAGUAUAGCAAAUACUGCAUGCCGGGUAAUUCCUUAUCAUCCCCAUCCCCCUUCUGACCGAAAGUAUUGGUGCCAUCAUUUGCUCUUUGCCUCCGCAUUUAACAGGCUUGCACUUUGGAUGAGGCGGACUUUUUGCUGCAUGGAAACCAACAAUCUUUUCAGCCAACCUGCCUCGAGAGACAGAGGAAGAGAAAGCUCGUCUCUUUGCAGAGGUGUGCUGAAAUGUGGCCAACGUGUGGCAUUCUGUACAGACAUCUUUAAUCAUACCUUUUUAACUGAGGCAGCUUUGGAGUAUUUUGAUCUUAGGCAAUGCAGUGUUCCUCUCUCCAGCUGUUUGGAGAAGAAAAAAAAAAAGAAAAUUGUACUUGGAGACUGGAGGCGACGCUUUUUCUGUCGCACCAGAUUCCUUUAUUAUUAUCUCAUCUACGUUUGUUCCCUUCCCUUGGCGUCCUCGGACGCUCUCACCGUGGUUGGGCUUAUACGGGCCGUUGAGGGGAGGUUGUACUAUUUCAGUUUUUUCGCCAAUGGGUUUUAAUAUUGUUUUUAUUUUACCAUUUUAGUACAAAUGCUUUGUUUUUGAUUUUUUUAAUUUCUUUGAUUACGCCUAUCAGUGGUGAAUGUACAAAUAAAAAAUUGAUAAAGUUUGAAA